AUGGCUGAGAGUCUGCGGCUCGGCGCCACCUCGAUGGACGAGAGCGCGAUGGAGAGGGAGAGUCGGCCCAGCGCAACAGGGUUGCAGCUCACCAGCAAGCAGCCCGCAUGCAGGGAUCCCAAGAAGUGGGUGAGGUCUGGUUUGGGGGGACAGGUGAGGCUGAUGAGGUCACAGCACUCCCCCGAGAACGCGGCGCGGGAGAGGAGCCGGGUACGAAACCUGCGGCAGGCCUUCCACAGCCUGCAGGCUGCCCUGCCAUCAGUGCCCCCGGACACCAAGCUCUCCAAACUGGACGUGCUGGUCCUGGCCACCAACUACAUUGCCCACCUCACCCAGACCCUGGACCAGGGCGACGCCCCUGCAGACAGAGCCCCGCCCCACAGGGGAGAGGGGUACCUCCACCCAGUUAAGAAGUGGCCCAUGCGCUCCCUGCUGUACUGUGGAAGCGUGGGAGAGCUGCUGUCAGGGGUACCCGCCAAGCACGCGCUCACGGGAGAGGAAGAUUCCCACCCACUGACUCCUGACCCUGAAGGCCACACAGACUGGACAAGUCAGAAAUGA